AAAUUUUUGUGCAAAAUGUCGUCCAGAAAAAAGGUUCUACUCAAAGUUAUCAUCCUCGGAGACAGUGGUGUUGGCAAGACGUCACUCAUGAAUCAGUUUGUGAACAAGAAAUUUUCCAACCAGUACAAGGCAACAAUAGGCGCAGAUUUUCUCACGAAAGAGGUAAUCGUUGAUGAUAGGAUCGUCACAAUGCAAAUUUGGGAUACAGCUGGCCAGGAAAGAUUUCAGUCGCUUGGAGUGGCGUUCUACCGCGGGGCGGAUUGUUGCGUCUUAGUUUUUGACGUAACUGCCCCCAACACGUUCAAGUCCUUGGAGAGUUGGAGAGACGAAUUCCUGAUUCAAGCUUCUCCUCGAGACCCCGAGAAUUUCCCAUUCGUCAUUUUAGGUAAUAAAGUCGAUCUGGAGAACCGUGCGGUAUCCGCCAAGCGCGCCCAGCAGUGGUGCCAAAGCAAAAACGAUAUCCCGUACUUUGAAACGAGUGCCAAAGAAGCAGUGAAUGUAGAGUUAGCAUUCCAAACUAUAGCCCGCAACGCUUUGGCGCAGGAGAAAGAGAUGGAUCUCUACAAUGAGUUCCCUGAUAGAGUGAUCCUAAAUAAUAAUGACAACAACCGUAACAGGGAUGGGGACAACUGCGCUUGUUAAACCAUGAGUUAUGCGCUUUAGCACCAGCUAUAUAUUAGUUUCUCAUUUUUAUAAAGUAAUAAAUAAAUACAAUAAAGUAUAACAUUGUAAGUAAUAUUUCUUUUAUAACAUUAUUAUGUAAAAAUGUAUAGAAUUGCGUGUAGUCUUACACAUGGGUGAUUCGUUUGUUGUGCACUAAUAUUUGGAUUAUGACUUUUGAUGCACUGUUUGAAUACUGGUAAUCUAAAAAACAAGUUCUUUGUUAAGUUUACAUUGCACAGAUCUUGAUUGUUUUCAAAAAGUACAAUGUUUAUACCACUGUUUAAAGGCCUUUGGGCCACAAAAUAAUUCUUUACGCAUGUUUUAAAUGUUAUUUAAAUG